AUGAUUCAUGGCUCAUCAACCACAUCUCCAGAAUCCUUCACAGUAUCGAUUCCUGGCUCGUCGGCUUUAAGCUCGAGGUCCUCUAUUUCUCAUAGAGUCAAACCCGAGCAAAGCCAAUCAACCGGUAAGAAACUAUCGGACUCUCAAGCAUCUAAUCUGUCAUAUCGUGUUAGACGGUCACGUCAAACUUGGCAGGAAUAUUUGGCAGAAAGACAGACCAAGUUCUCAUUACGACUGAUUGCAGUUCUAGGACUGGCUCAUCAGAUUCCUGCACUUCAACCAUUUACCAACAAACUUAUACAUAUCCAAUACUACGACCCAGUUACUGAAAAGGCCAGGAUCGGAAUCAACGAUGUAUUCAUUGUGCUGACGUGGAUUGUGCUAUUAAUUUUUAUCCGGGCGACACUCAUGAACUAUGUAUUUAUCCCAUUUGCCCGCAAUGUGACGGGCAUGAAAUCCAAAAAGAAGCAGGUCCGUUUUGCUGAGCAAGGAUGGAGUAUGUUCUACUACUUCAUGGCUUGGGUGCUGGGAAUGUAUCUUCUCGCUGAGUCGGACUAUGCAUUUUCCAUCCAACAUGUCUGGAUUGGCUGGCCCCAUUAUCAGAUGAGUCGCACCAUGAAGUCAUACUAUUUGAUCCAGCUUGCCUGCUGGUUAUCACAGAUCUAUGUGUUGAACGUCGAGGAAAAGCGUAAGGACUAUGUCCAAAUGUUUGCUCACCACAUUGUUACAUGUCUGCUGGUCACUGGAUCCUAUUACUAUUACUAUACCCGUAUUGGCCAUGUGAUUCUGGUUCUCAUGGACGUAGUCGAUGUUUUACUGUCGACGGCCAAAAUGCUAAAAUACUCUGGUUUCAGCAAUAUCUGCGACGUCAUGUUUGGAAUUUUCCUGGUUGGCUGGAUUUCCCUGAGACAUGUGUUUUUCAAUUAUUGUACCUGGUCGGCCAUGACCGAUGCGUUCCAGCUCAUCGACAAGAAGUGUUACUACGACGAAAACGGCGAACUCGUGCGAUGUUUCACGUCGCAAGUCCACUGGACUCUGGUCAGCAUGCUGGUCGUUUUGCAGGUCAUCACCCUGAUAUGGCUGUGGUACAUUUUGCGCGUGGUUGUCAAGAUCCUCAAGGGCGGGUCUGCCGAAGACAACCGCAGUGACGAUGAAGACGACGAAGAUGACGACGAGUCCGACUCCGACAAAAGCUCCUAG